AUGUCGAGAUUUUUAAGACAAUCAAGCCAGCUCGCACGAGCGACAAGAUUGUCAACGCAGCCUGCACUACGAUUAUGUGCAAGACCGUCACUUGUCACCCGAUCGAUCCCCGCAAAGACUUCUGCCGCAUUCGCCAUUCGAGCAAGGACAUAUUCCUCGCAACCCCCUCCUCCCGGCAAAGAUCCCCGAUCAAACCCGGAAAAGGAUGAUGAGCAUGGAAGCAAGCCAUUGAAUCAACACAGUGCAAAGAACGGGCCCGAUGGAAGCAAGUCUGAAGCACCAAAGCCGCCACCUCUACCCGAAGGCUGGAUUCACUUGAACAAGGAGGAACUGGCACAUCUCGAGGAAUUUACAAGUCGACUUCCAGAAGCUCAAAGGCCGGUGGCGAAGGACAUUCUUGAGAAACUUCAAAUUGUUGGCGCCCCUGCUGAGACCCGAGAUCUUCUUCAAAAGCAACGACAGAACGGCAACCUUUCGAUCUUGGACAAGGGAAGGCUCAUGCGAUGUGUAUACAUGGUCACAGAACGGAUAAUAGAAUUGGAAGAUCAACAGGACAACCGGGAUGGCCAAUUUUCCUCCUUCCGCAUGGACCAGGAACCGAAGACCCAGGACGGAAAGGAUAGCACUGACAAGUCGAAGCAACAUCAGCAGCAGCAACAGAAGGGUGGCAAGCUACCGAAGAAUGAGCGCAGCGGGUGGCUGGAGGCUGUCCAGACUGGUAUCGCCAUUGGUGUCACUGUAUGGAUUGCGGAGCUCUUUGCCAACCCUUUCUCUGAGAAGGAGAUUACUUGGCAAGAGAUGCGGAAAGCAUUCCUGGAUAAGGGCCUGGUUCAGAAGCUGAUUGUUGUUAACGGCUCACAUGUGCGGGUAGAGCUUCAUCCAUCUGCAACCGGAGCUACUGGUGAGGGCGGGCAACCUGCGAGAAAGAGCUACGUUUUCUCCAUAGGGUCUGUUGAAUCCUUCGAGCGAAAGCUGGAACAGGCGCAAGAUGAGCUUGGUAUUCCGCCUUCUGAAAGGAUACCUGUGAGCUAUGAGGCUGGAGGUAGCACCCUUGGCAACCUUCUUCUGGCCUUUGGCCCUACACUGCUCUUCAUCGGGUUGAUCCUCUGGACUCAGCGGUCAAUGGGUGGACGUGGUGGUGCUGGAGGAGGUAUGUUCAACUUCGGCAAGAGCAAGGCUAAGAAGUUCAACGCCGAGAGUGCUGUUAAGGUCAAAUUCUCAGAUGUUGCUGGCCUCGAAGAGGCAAAAACCGAGAUCAUGGAGUUUGUGAGCUUCCUGAAGCAGCCCGAGAAAUUCGAAAAGCUAGGUGCCAAGAUCCCUCGAGGUGCUAUCUUAGCUGGCCCCCCUGGUACUGGCAAGACAUUGCUUGCCAAGGCCACAGCUGGCGAGUCUGGAGUACCAUUCUUCAGUGUAAGCGGUUCUGAGUUCGUUGAAAUGUUUGUCGGUGUCGGACCUUCACGUGUGAGAGAUUUAUUCGCCGAAGGACGUAAGAACGCCCCCUGCAUCAUCUUCAUUGACGAGAUUGACGCAAUUGGACGUGCGCGACAGGAGAGCGGCCGGGGAUUCGGUGGUAAUGAUGAGCGGGAAGCGACUCUGAACCAGAUUCUCACUGAAAUGGACGGUUUCAAUACUCGCGAGCAGGUUGUUGUUCUUGCUGGCACCAAUCGAGCGGAUAUGCUCGACAAGGCCUUGAUGCGACCAGGGCGAUUUGACAGACAUAUCUUCAUCGAUCGUCCUACGAUGAAAGGCCGCCAGGAAAUCUUCAAGGUGUAUCUGAACAAGAUUGUAACAAACGAGGACCACGAAUACCUUGUUGGUCGCCUGGCAACUCUGACCCCUGGAUUCUCCGGUGCUGAUAUUGCCAACGUUGUCAAUGAGGCUGCUCUAAUCGCUGCCCGAGGCAAUGCUGAUGAGGUCAAGAUGGACCACUUUGAGCGGGCCAUUGAGCGGGUUAUAGGAGGUCUUGAGCGCAAGUCUCUCGUGCUGAAGCCAGAGGAGAAGAAGACUGUUGCAUACCAUGAGGCUGGACACGCCAUCUGUGGUUGGUUCCUGGAACAUGCUGAUCCUCUUCUUAAGGUCUCCAUUAUUCCCCGCGGCCAAGGUGCUCUGGGUUAUGCUCAGUACCUGCCCCAGGAUGCUUACCUGAUGAACACCAACCAGCUCAUGGACCGAAUGGCUAUGACAAUGGGUGGCCGUGUAUCUGAGGAGCUUCAUUUCCCCACGGUGACAACAGGUGCUAGUGAUGACUUCAAGAAGGUUUCCCAGAUGGCACGAAACAUGGUAACCCAAUGGGGCAUGUCCGAGAAGGUGGGCCCCGUUCACUUUGAGAAUGACCCCAACCGCAUGCAGAAGCCAUUUGCAGAAUCUACUGCCCAGCAGAUCGACCAGGAGGUUUCCCGAAUCGUGGAGGCAGCUUACCAGCGAUGCCGAGACCUUCUGACCUCGAAAAAGAAGGAAGUUGGGCUAAUCGCCCAGGAGUUGCUCAAGAAGGAGGUUCUCGUCCGAGAUGACAUGGUUCGUAUCUUGGGCAAGCGACCAUUUGGUGACAACGAGGACUUUGAGAAAUACUUUGGCGGCGGCAAGGAGGAGAGCACACCCCCACCAUUCCCCGAGGAGACAGAUACGCCUAAGGACCCCCCUGCCCCUGCCCCAGCUUUCAAAAAGCUUGAGUAG